AUGGGUUCAAUACUAAAAGUCUUAAGAUUGAACUCACAUAAUUUAAAUCCUGAAUCCGCCUCUGAGCUUGCGUGUCCUCUUACUAAUUUAAUGUGUGGUAGCGCAGUAUGGCAUGAAUUUAAAUUUAUCGAGAUUAUUGUACAUCAAGUCCUUCAAAAGAUCAACCAGACACCUCUAGAUGUUGCUUGGUACCCGGUUGGAGUAGAUACUCGUGUGGAAGAUAUAGAGUUGUUAUUGCAAAAUGAAUGUAUAGAUGAAGUUCAGAUGGUUGGUAUAUAUGGGACUGGUGGAAUAGGGAAAACAACUCUAGCAAAAGCUAUCUACAACCAAAGAUUUCGACACUUUGGUAGUAGUUGCUUUCUUUCAAAUGUUAGAUCAGAAGCUGAAGCAUUUAAUGGUCUAGUCAAGUUACAAGAGAAACUUCUUCAUCAAAUUCUCAAAACUAAGGACUUCAAAGUUAACAAUGUUGAUGAAGGCAUCAAGUUAAUCGAGGCAAGACUUUGUUCAAAGAGGGUUUUAGUCAUUCUUGAUGAUUUGGACGACAUGAGGCAACUACAAUCCUUAGCAAGAGAUCGGAGUUGGUUUGGUUCUGGUAGUUUAAUAAUCAUUACAACUAGAAAUAAGCAAUUGCUAUGUGGGCUUAGAGAGAAUGAGAGGUACAAGGUCAAACUAUUAAAUGACAAUGAAUCUAUGCAACUUUUUAGUUGUCAUGCUUUUAACAGUAAUAUUCCACCGCCACAAGAAUAUGUUAGGCUGGCACAAGAAAUAAUCAAAUAUUCAGGUGGUCUACCAUUAGCUCUUGUGACAAUGGGGUCUCAUUUGCGAGGAAGAUCCAAAGAAGAAUGGAGAUAUGAGUUUCAAAAACUAAGAGCAAUUCCUCAUAGUGAUAUCCAGAAGAUUCUCAAGAUAAGCUUUGAUGGACUUGAUGGUGAUACUCAGAGUGUUUUUCUUGAUAUUGCGUGCGCUUUCCAUGGGUUUUCUGUGGAUGAAGUUACCAAAACAUUAAAUGCGUGUGGUUUUCAUUCUGAAAGUGCAAUUGCAACUUUGGUCCAAAAAUGCUUGCUCCAAAGUGCAAGGCCUUUUUUGGAGAUGCAUGAUCUAGUGCGAGAUAUGGGAAGAGAAUUAGUUCGCAUGGAAUCACCCCAAGAACCUGGAAAACGGAGUAGAUUGUUCAUCCCUCAAGAAGUCUGCGAGGUUCUACAAGGAAAUAAAGGGUCUGAAAAGGUUGAAGUACUGAUGGUAGAUCCACGAGCAUUAAAGGGCGUGAACUUGAGCACCAAAGCAUUUAAGAAAAUGAAAAAUCUUAGGGUGCUUAAAAUCGAUAAUUUAUAUAUUAGUGGAAAGCUUCAGCUUUUGUCCAAGAAUCUCAGAUGGUUGUCUUGGAAAAGAUGUCCUUUAAAGUAUAUACCAUCAGAUUUACCAGCUGAGAAACUUGUAGUUCUAAAUCUGCGAGGGAGUAAUAUCCAAGAAUUUGGUCUGAAUAUGCAGUGUUGUAGUUUGAAGGAACUGAAUCUCUCUGAUUGCAAGCGCCUUAGAAGAACUCCAAACUUCAAUGGUUUACGAAGUCUCGAGACUUUGUGGCUCGGUGGUUGCUCAAGUUUGAUGGAGAUCCACCAAUCAAUAGGAAAUUUGGACAGACUAAUUUAUCUAAAUUUGUCUGGUUGCAGAAAGCUUACGGAUCUUCCGAGCAGCAUAUGCCAGCUAAAAUCCCUUUCAUCCUUGGACAUCACUAGCUGCUCAUCUAUACGAACACUGCCGGUUGGCCUUGGAGAUAUGCGAAGUCUAAAAGUUCUCUCUCUGCUCUCUCUCUCUCUCUCUCUCUCUCUCGCGUUCCGUUGA